UCUAGCUAUUUGAAAUAAACUCAUUCGGAAAAUCGCGCAAAUACUGUUCAUCGAUUAAACUUCCAUCAGACAUCGGCGGGUUGGGGUGUCGUUUGGGUCGGUCGAUGCAACACUACAUUCCUACUUCGCAGCAAUUUCCCUCGGUAGUGCCACGAAACAUUCGCUCGGAACCUUUGGAAAAAUGCUUCCUUCUCUUCUCUGCUGAUAAAAAGAGAUUCAAUCUUAAAGAAACACAUGACGGUACGAAGAGAUAGCGAUGAGUAAGGUGGCUAAAUGGCUAGCAAGACGACAAACAAGGUUUGCCGGUGAUUACGUAACAUUCGACGCGUCAAAGUAAAAAGUUCUCACGAAGGUACGACGACACUCACAAGAGGCACGCUAGCGAAUCAAACAGCUGUUUACUUUAACGGCACGCGUGGCUGUAAAUCGUAUGGGUGACGCAUAACUCGGCUAGAAUUAUUUUUAAACUUUAAUGUGCUCGGGAAAGGAUUUUUUAAUUUUAUUUUUGCUUGCGCUAUAAUUGAUUGAAGUUCAUUUUAUCAUCUUGUGAUUUGAUUUGAGGUGUAAGAGCAUAACAAUCGUCACAUUUCGUUAGUUUCAUUCGGUUUAGUCUUCUGGUGAUAGUUUAAUUCGUUCAAGGAAAUAUACCAAUUGAAACCUAUCCUUGAUUUGUCGACGACUCGGCAGAAACGGUACUGUGAAACUCUGUUCAGUUAGUUCAUUUUUGAACUCUGUUUGGAACGGAGUACGAUAAAAAACGACGAAAAUGAAUGUAUGUGUCGUUGGCGCUGGAGUCGUCGGCUUAACGACCGCACUGGAGCUACAACGUGAGUUGCGGAACGCAAAUGUUACCAUCUUGGCUGAUCGGUUCGAGCAGGACACGUGUAGUGAUGUUGCGGCUGGUCUUUUUCGACCCGGAACCAGCUUUUCCGGCUCUACAGAGGAAAUAACCAGGAAAUGGAUUUCAGACGCCUACGCCUAUUGGGACGACCUUCGCAAGACGGAACACUCCUUCCAGGCUGGUGUAUGUCAGAUGUCGGGCUAUAUUUUCUCCAGCCGUGAUCCUGCCAUUGUGAGGAAUCACUUUAUUGAAAAGGUUGUACCAGUUUACCGGGCGGCCACGGAACAAGAGUUACGGCUGUGUCCGGGUGAAUGGAAAUAUGGCUCAUUCUUCACCACCGUUCUAACGGAGUGCCGUCUUUUCCAACCGUGGGCUACUGAACGGUUCCUGGACAACGGUGGACGGAUUGAAACGGUUAAAUUACUCAGUUUCCAACAGCUACGCGGCAAAUUCGAUGUGAUUGUGAACUGUUCCGGUUUAGGAGCCAAACGUUUGUGCAACGAUCAUAAAUUGGUUCCUAUAAGAGGACAAGUAACGAAAGUACGUGCAAACUGGGUAAAGACAGCAUUCUACGCGGAUUUCGAUACAUAUGUCAUCCCAGGCUUUGACGGAGUUACUUUGGGAGGGUGCCGAAAUUUUGAUAGUUAUAAUACGGAAAUCUGUCGCCACGACACUGCGGCCAUCCGGGAACGUUGUGAAUCCUUGCUACCCAGCCUGAAGAAUGCACCUGUUAUCCGGCAGGCCGUUGGGUUGAGACCGCACCGAGAUCCAGUUCGCGUUGAGAUUGAAUUACUGUCUACACCAAACGGGACUUUCCGCAUCGUGCACAACUAUGGACACGGUGGAUAUGGCGUCACAACGGCACCAGGAACCGCCAAGUAUGCAGUGCAACUCGUUAAAGAUGCCUUAAAAAGCAACAGUAAAUUGUGAGAAGCAAUGCCAACGAAAUCAAACUGUUUAAAAUAAUAACAGAAAAAACAUUACCAAACACUAUUGUUAGAAAAAUUACACAAUAAAAAUCAAGUGUGCAGACGG